AUGUUCACCGUAAUUCGCCACUUGACGAUCUCAGUGGGGUCAGCCUACCUAAAGAAACCUAACCAAAAAGUUCCUAUCAGGACUGUUGCACGAACUUAUGGUGAUACUCCUAAAAAGGACACUUCACAAGUAGUUGCGCAGAGUACGACAAAUAAUGAACACAUCAGAGUGCGCCGCGUUCGACCCGCAGACGUUCCCAGGAUAUUGAAAUUCAUCCACGAACACACGCGCGCCUUCUGGCCCGGACUCACAGCUCCCUCGAACGCUUCACAGAUUGUAUUAAGUGACUACGUCUCCCGCGCAUUAGCACAAGGACAUUCGAUGCUAGCCGAGCGCCAAGAAUCCAGACACAACUGGUCCGAAAUCCGCGCUGUAGCCCUCGGCAUGACAAUGUGCAAGUGGGACGCCACGAUACUAGAGAAGUGGGCACGUUGUGUGACGUGUCCGCGUUCGCGCCAGCUUUUGAUGUUCACCGCGCACUGCCUGCGCGCGCCCGCUCUACAUGAAAAAUAUCAAGUGAAUAGUAUCUUGCAGGUUAUUUUGAUCGUGCCUCCUGACACACCUCAACGCAAGGAGAUUAUUCACUCGCUCACAAAAAGUGCUAUCCAGCGCGGACGUGACGUCGGCUUUACCGUCUUGCGAUUUGAUGCUGGCAACGACGCAGUUAACUUUCUCUUCCAGCCGGAGAAUUACCACAAGUCUUAUGAGAACGAAGGCGACGGUGAAAUCGGUUACUCUCGAAAGAAGGGAGGUGGUGGUAAAAAGGGACACCAACACUUCGACUCCUUCCACAAGAAAGCUGGGGACAACUACGAGUUCGAGAAACAGGACUCAUAUGGUCUAGACGACGAAGGCCAGGACAAAGCACACAGUCAUCAGCAUGAAAAAGUUCAAAAAUACCAAGAACCUUCACAUGAGACAGAUGAAGAAGAACCAUUAGAAGAAACGAAUGAAAAACAACAUGAAGAACAAAGAUUAGGAGAUAGUGAUGGCAACGGUGGUGAAGAAGCACAUGGACACGAUCCAGCCGACUACAGGCUGCCUGAAAAAUACACCUACGGUUCAGGAGAUGAAUACGACUUUUAA